AUGAUACGAAGUGAUAGACUUAGUGACUUACCAGAUCAUUUGCUUCAACAUAUUCUCUCUUUUCUUCCAACCCAAGAAGCCAUUGCCACAAGCCUCUUGUCCAAGAGAUGGACCUCACUGUGGACUGGAUCGCCCACUCUUCACUUCGAUGCUUUAAACUUCUGUUCUUCUAUAUUCUUCGUCGAGUUUGUGGAGCAUGCACUAAUAUUCUUCAGAAAUUCCAACCACGUCCGGAUCUUUCGUCUCAGAUUUGGAAGUUUUGGCCUGCAGCCUGAUCAUAACAUUAUAAAUUGGAUUGCAACAGUGAUUAAUAAGCUCAAAGUUGAGGAGUUGGAUCUUUCUUUUACGUCUUAUUGGUUUAGUGUUCAUAUGUGCUCUGGGAUUUUGAACAGCAGUGCGAUGAGGGUUUUGAAGUUGAAUGGUGUAACAGUAAGUACUGAUUAUUCUGUGAAUUUGCCUUCCCUUGAAGCCUUGCAUUUGGAAAGGGUUAUAUUCCCCGAAUUUCGAUGUUUGGUUAUGCUUCUUACUGGCUGCCCACGUCUUGAAGAAUUGAAACUAAGUUUAUUUGUUAUAUUUGCCACCACAAAGGCCAUUAAAAUUGAGAGUCUUCAACAUCUUGUCUCCUCAAAGCCAUCGUUUCUGGUUAGGUUAAAAAGAUUCUGUUUUGAUCAAUUCAAAGCAUCGGAAACCCAGUAUCGAGUUGCAAGAUUUAUUAUGGACAAUGCGAAAGCUUUGAAGACCGUCUCCAUAAUUUGUCGUUCAAGUGUAAACUCCCUCCCCAAUAAUGCUAAAAAGUUAUCCACGUGCCCUAGAGGAUCUGAGGAUUAUGGUGGACUUCUAUUAUAUUCCAAUUUUUAG